AUGUAUUCUAAUAAUAGCACUUAAUAGAGAGGAGUUAGUAGCAAUAGUUAAGGAAAUGGUGCAGGAUCAUACACAAUGAUCAUGAAGAAUACAAAUUCACUCAAUUUCUAUAACAAUCUACAGCCAUCUACUACAAAAGGAGAAUCUAAUAAUUUAAACCAAGGAGCAAGUAGAAACUAGAAUGGUGCUUAGUCAAAUACUUCUGGAGGAGGCACAUUAAAUGAAAAUAGCAGCAGUACUAACUUUUACUCACAUUAACCUAAAGUAUUAGGACGUUCAAAUAUGGAAUUUUUAAAUGGAUUUUCCAACUUAGGUAAUAAUCAGAAUAAUGCUAGUGGGUUAGUAUCUUCUUCAAUUAGUGCAAUCAAUUUAAAUAAGAAAGAAUCUCCUAAAGGUCAGCCUAAGCUCUUUUAGGAUUUUUAAUCCUUAUUUUUGAAUAGCCCGACCCACACUUAAAGAAUUGCAAAUGGAUAAAGUAGCUAUAACUAAGGUAAUGGAAACGGUUAAAAUACUUCAACAUAAAAUUUGCUAAAAUCCAACAAUUCAAAAUUGUUAUUUCCUAAUUCUCCUUAGGGAAUAAGUUCUUCUCUUAAUGCAUAAUCUUAAUCUUCAUAAUAAUAGCAAUAAAGUUAAGGAAAUUCAUCCUCUCCUUACUACGAGUUCAAAAAACCAAACCGCACAAAAGUUAAUAACUUCUUUAAUAGCGAAGAGGACUCUGAUAAGAAUAAUUAGCAAAAUAAAAAUGAAGCAAAAGGCUCAAGUAGUACUCUCUAUACUAGUCUUAUCAAUAGUAAUGGGAAUGGAAAAGUAAUGUAAGAAAACAGUUACCCUUUAACAAAUCAAAAUAGCUCAAACCAGUAGAAUAAUUUAGUUAAUCCUCACUCAAAAAAGCUCAGCAAAGAUUUCGAUAAUAGCAAUAGUAAUUCUUAGCGCAAUACAGCUUAAGCGCUUGGAAAUAAGUAAAUUUAGCAAGGCGCUUCAUCUGCAUCAAGUAAUCAGCUUUAACAAUCAUAAAUAGGACUUACUAAUAAAUAGCAACAAAAUGGAUAAGUAACAAAUUCAAUCAAUUCUUUGCUAAUUAAUAAUACAAAAGAUAAUACGAAUUCCUAUGCAUAUUAACAUAUGUAGUAGAUGCAAAUAUAGUAAAUGUAACAAUAGUAGCAAAAUGCUCUAUUAACUAAAAAUCAGUUUUACAGGCCCCCUUCUAGUGAUAGAAAUUGGAGGAAUGCAACACUAAAAACAAUGAAUACAACUUAGAUUUAAAAUUAAAUAAAAAAGAAAGAAUAAAUUGAUUAAUUAAGAAAUUCUUAUGAGCCAACCUCUAGAUCUACAAAUCCUGCAGGAGGAUAUUCUAGUCCUCUCUCUUAAAAUAGUUAUACAAAACAAACAUAUUCACCUAGAAACUAAUCUUAAAAUCCUUAAUCUAGUAAUGCUUAGGAUGGCAAGAGCCAGCUUAACAGUUAUGUAUCAAAACUAAAUAGAGGAGAUGAUUUAAUUAGCUAGGCUUUAUAAAGCAUAGAGCAAGUAGGAAGUAAAAUUAAAGGGAUUACUAGAAGUGGUACAAAUGAUUAGCAAGAUAGCACUAUAGCUUCAUAUCAAGGAGACAAUAAAAAUGAAUCUAAUAAUAAUAAUAGUAAUAACAAUAAUAAAAAAGAUACAAAAGCUGCUACAAAUAGCUUAAGAAAUAGCACAGUUAUAAAUUAGAAUAAUACAAUUGGAGCAUUAAACUAGAAUGUCCAGAGCAAUAAUUCCGUUAGCAGCAAUGCAUAAAUAAGAUCAGCUUCUGCAUAAAAGGAGUAUAAAUCUACUACAAGCUUAGGUGGAUAUCUUUAGACAUCUUAGCAAUAAAAUAGACCUUAUAAUUUAGCACUUGGUAACUCAAGUAAUUGGAUGCCUUCAUACUAAAAACCAUCCACAACCAAAGAUAAUAAGCAUAAAAACUUUUUAUUUUUUGAAAAUUCUGAUAUUUUAAAUGGUAAACAAUCACUAACUCCUAAAAAUGAAUCAGCCUAGCAAAAUUAAAAUAACUAAACAAAUAGCAGUAGAACUAACGGAGGUAACGGAUAUUCUAGACAACCUAGUAAUUAUAAUGUAGAUUUAAAUAACUCUUCCAGAUAAAACUAGUAAUCAGAUUAAGAGGUAAACACUAGAGCUGUUACACCAAAAAUUCCUAUUCAUUAAGAUUAUUACAUGCCAGGCAUUGAAAAAUGCUACAGACUUCCACUUCCUUAAGAUUACUUCUCUCAGAUAUAUAGAGAGCAUUUCCUCUAAACUUAUCAAGGUAUUCAAUAUGCAGGACUUGCAAGACCUGCUAAUCCUCAUGAUCUCUAAUAGAAAAAGGUUUUCCUUAAAAAUAAGCAGCCAGGGAAAAAGACAAUCAUUUUUGACCUUGAUGAGACUCUUAUACAUUGCAACGAAAAUGCUUCGAUUCCUUCAGAUGUAGUUCUCUCAAUAAGAUUCCCUUAAGGAGAGAUUUUAGAUGCUGGUAUUAACAUAAGACCUAAUGCAGUUGAGAUGCUAAAAGAAUUAAGUUAAGAUUUUGAAAUAGUCGUUUUUACUGCAAGUCACAGCUCUUAUGCUAAAGCUGUUUUAGAUCACUUAGAUCCUCACAAGAGGUACAUUCAUCACAGAUUCUUUAGAGAUUAAUGCAUAAUGACUCCCUAAGGUGUUUAUAUUAAAGAUUUAAGAAUAUUUGCUGAUAGAGCCAUGAGUGAAAUGGUUCUUGUGGAUAAUGCUGCAUAUAGUUUUGCUUUCUAAAUUGAGAAUGGUAUUCCUAUUAUUCCUUUCUAUGAAAACAAAAAAGAUGAUGAGCUCAAAACAUUAACUACCUACUUAAAAUCAUUGAAAGAUGUUAAAGAUGUCAGAGAAAUCAACAAACAAGCAUUUAAAUUACAUUUAUAUAGCUAAUUUGACACAGCAUAAAAAGUUUAUGAAAAAAUUUUUUCUGGCCCUCCCACAAUAACAAAAAUAGUAAAUCCUUCAAAAACAACUUAAAGCAGUGUUAAAACAAGCAUCAAUAACUAUUUUUAAAAUAAAAACUCUCCAGCUUCUAAUAUUGGCCCAUUCCAACAGAAGCAACCUUCUUACGGAAAGAAUACAAACAAUAAUAAAUGA